AUGGGUGAUAUCGAAGUAAACACAAAGUCUUUGACUGAAGCCAAACCAACCGUGAUCCCAGUUUCUUCUGAGGCAGAUGAGGAGGUUUUGGAGCAGGAAAAACAGGAUCAGCUUAAGGAUGGGGAAAUGCAAGAAAAGGAAGAUAGAGUCGAAACCGAAGAUGUCACCUCGGACGAAUUGAUGAAAGAGCGUGAAAAAGAAGGCUUCAGUAUCGACCAAACCAACAUCGACGAGGGAGACUUACCAGACAUUAUUAAAUACAAGAACGAGUUGCGAAAAGCCACUAUUCGGUCCAAGCGUGCUAAAAAGGAAAUUGACUUAACAGGUGACAAAACGAAUGCUAUGCUUAAAGGUUCCGGUUUACAUCGGCCAAAAGGAGGGAAAGUGUUGUCUAAAGCCUCUUAUCCCUUUGAAUCGUACUCUCUAACAUAA